AAGGAAGCCGGGCAUGCUCAGUAGGCGGGACAAAGUUUUUUUUUUUUCUCCUUUUUUUUUUUUUUCUUUCGGUCGCAAGUAGGAAGCUUUUUGCACUCCACCACCUCUGGCCGCUGGGAAGACGUCAUCGCUUCCGCCCUACUUCCUCCUCCUGUUGGCCGCGGUGAGAAUCCAAUAUGGAGUAAAUCGGUGGAGUCUAGAGAUGGGGCUCGGACGGGGCGCCCUGCACCGCCUCCCAGGCGCACCUCCCCCGGCUGCCGACCGCUCCCCGGAACCGUGAUUGGCCCGGCCCCGGGGGCGACCCCGGACCGAGCCCCCACCCCCGGCCGGCCCUCCUCUCCUCCUCCUCUCAGCAGUCCCCGCCGCUCCUCAGCGCGCUUGUUUUUCUCCUCCUCUCCCCCACCGCCGUCCCCGGCUCAAAUCUCUCCCCCUCUUCCCGCAACCGAGCCCCCGGAGCCCCUCCUGCCUCGCCCGCGGCGCUGCGGCGCUCACCCCUCCCUCAGCUUGCCUUUGCACCCCCUUCCCCAAACCUCACCUCGCGUUCCUGUCGCCCAGCUUCCCCUUCUGCCUUCUGCGGCGCCCCCUUCAUCUCUUGCCGCUCCCCCUCCCCAACCGAAUCAGGCGAUCUCCGGAGAUGUGAAGAAGGGGGGCGAACGGACAGGAAGAUGAAGGGAGCAAAGCUGCCCGCCGCGGGACAGGCGUCUAGGUGAACAGGAAAAUGACCGAAGAAACACACCCGGACGAUGACAGCUAUAUUGUGCGUGUCAAGGCUGUGGUUAUGACCAGAGAUGACUCCAGCGGGGGAUGGUUCCCACAGGAAGGAGGCGGGAUCAGUCGCGUGGGCGUCUGUAAGGUCAUGCACCCCGAAGGCAAUGGACGAAGCGGCUUUCUCAUCCAUGGUGAACGACAGAAAGACAAACUGGUGGUAUUGGAAUGCUAUGUAAGAAAGGACUUGGUCUACACCAAAGCCAACCCCACGUUUCAUCAUUGGAAGGUUGACAAUCGGAAGUUUGGACUUACUUUCCAAAGCCCAGCUGAUGCUCGAGCCUUUGACAGGGGAGUGAGAAAAGCAAUCGAAGACCUUAUAGAAGGCUCCACGACAUCAUCUUCCACCAUCCAUAAUGAAGCUGAGCUUGGCGAUGAUGAUGUUUUUACAACAGCUACAGACAGUUCUUCUAAUUCCUCCCAGAAGAGGGAACAACCUACUCGGACAAUCUCCUCUCCCACAUCCUGUGAGCACCGGAGGAUUUAUACCCUGGGCCACCUCCACGACCCAUACCCCACGGACCACUAUCACCUCGAACAGCCGAUGCCAAGGCCUUACCGCCAGGUGAGCUUCCCGGACGACGACGAGGAGAUCGUGCGCAUCAACCCCAGGGAGAAGAUCUGGCUGACGGGCUACGAGGACUACCGGCACGCGCCGGUGCGGGGCAAGGCCCCCGACGCCUCGGAGGACGCCGACUCCUACGUGCGCUUCGCCAAGGGCGAGGUCCCCAAGCACGACUACAACUACCCGUACGUGGACUCCUCAGACUUUGGCCUCGGCGAGGACCCCAAAGGGCGCGGGGGUGGCGUGAUCAAGACCCAGCCGUCCCGCGGCAAGUCCCGGCGGCGGAAGGAGGACGGUGAGCGCUCCCGGUGCGAGUACUGCAGGGACAUGUUCAACCACGAGGACAACCGGAGGGGCCACUGUCAGGACGCGCCCGACUCCGUGAGAACUUGCAUCCGCCGGGUGAGCUGUAUGUGGUGUGCGGACAGCAUGCUCUAUCACUGUAUGUCGGACCCCGAGGGAGACUAUACAGACCCGUGCUCGUGCGAUACUAGCGACGAGAAGUUUUGCCUCCGGUGGAUGGCUCUUAUUGCCUUGUCUUUCCUGGCCCCCUGUAUGUGCUGUUACCUGCCCCUUCGGGCCUGCUACCACUGCGGGGUGAUGUGCAGGUGCUGCGGGGGGAAGCACAAAGCGGCCGUGUGACUCAGUUUCUCUCCCUCCUUUCCUCCUCCCACAGCCACAGGGGAACUUGUGGUCUCUGACAUACUCUCACCGUCUUUCCGGCUCCCUGGUACCUUGAGGCGCUAUUCCAGCCUGGGGAGCCCGCCUGGUGAACUCUGCACUUUCCCCUUUCCCCCCACGAUCUCCCCACCAGCCACCCACUCUGCAUCAAUCACACACCCAUACACGAACGCACACGGUGUUCUAGGGAAUGGAACCUCCGCACAGACACUCGUGUUAUUAACGAUCUGUAAUCAAGCUAACUGUCUUAUACAUGCGUUGAUUUCAUGUCUUUCCUACCCACCUCUUCUAGUGCAAAGGCACCUGCAGUCAGAACUGCUGAUCUGGGGUGGGUGUUGUAGUUGGUUUCUCCAAGACCAUCUUCCUCUCCCAUUGUCUUGCCAGUUGCUAAGGAGCAGCAGGUUCCUGCGGAGAGGUAAUGUCAGAACGAUGAAACCCUCCUCCAAGUAUUGUAACCUGCAGUCAGAUUCCGUACAGGAGGUGAGCUAGUUAACAGACUUCUACCCCAAACCGAGAUCGCUUUAACUUUCGUAAACCCAAAUUUCCCAAGUAGGCGGCAGUUUAUGUUCAGAGCCCGUCAUCAUUUUCUGUGCCCUCCACCCAAAACCCUGUCAAUUAUUUACUGAUGCAAAACUUUCACCCAUAAAAUGACUGAGAAUUUAGCCUUAACUUCAGAUUAACUUGUGUGAAUCAGGAAAAUUCCAUAAACUGCAUUGCAUCCUCUUGGACCAGGGCUAGAAAAGGGGGGUUUCAGGUUUGUCUGAGCUUCCCCAGUUACCCCUAAAGUAGAACUUUUUAAAACUGUGUCACCACCACUUCUAAAAAUUUAGCAAUAUUAGAAGAAAACACUAAUGAGGUUUCGCUUGUUGUUUUACAAACGAAAUAGUCUAUUCACACACAAACCAGUGUUCUCCAAAGAGUUCCAGUUGAGAAACGCUAAGGUUGUGGUAAAGAAAAUUAAAAGGAGCGUCCUCCCACGCCCCACUGGCUAUUUUCUAUUAACGGGGAAAUUUUAAAUGUCAUAAAUUUCAGGAGUGGUGGGUUGCAUUUUGUUUGUGGGUUUCUGUUCUUGUUUUCAUCCUGGACUGAAUUUCACAUCACCAAAUUCUUUGUUUAUACUUGGGGGAAAAAACAAGGCCAUAUGUAAAAACCCUUCCAAUGCCUAAGUGUCUUUCUCCUGCAUCUCCAAAGCCAGACUUGCCCAUUUGGGUGCAGUGAUGGUUAGGUCAGCAGUCUGGGUCUACCUGUCGCCUUGCCAUGUAGGAGGCUUCUAAUUAGCUGGAAAAGAGUAUUUUUCUAAUCUAUUGCAAGGAGUAGCCAAAUCUUGUCGCAGAAAGAAAAGUGAAGAGUGAGUGGUACCUAGCAUAGUACAAUCAGAACGUCAUGGAGACCGGAGGGGACAGGCUUGACAAAGCUGGCCAUUCUUCCCACCAUGAUCUUCCUUUGAUAGUUGCCAGCUAAGGGCACAGCCUGCCCUCUAUCUCCGCGCCCCCCAUCCCUUCUCUGUUGCACACAGGACAUCAGUCUUCAAGGAAAGGGACUUUUCUCCAGUCUGCCAAUCAUAUUGGGACAGUACAAGCCAUGCUUACCUUCCUGGAAUGUUUUCGGCUCAUCUGAGCACACUUCUUUAGUCAGACCGUCGGUGUAAAUACCCAGUGUGCUUACGAGUUAGUUGGUAGACGUUUUCAUUUGUUGGAGCGACUGGUGUGGCCUUUCAGUUUGGAAAAGUUGCAGAGAGCUGUCAGUCUGGUGAUGGAAGAAAAUAGAACUGCUUCCCAGCCUGGGGAACAUCUAGAAAACCUUCAGCCAGCCUCCGGAUGCUGUCGGGAGGCCAUUGUCCCCCCACCCCCCAACCCUGAGGUAUUUCCUCAGGCCCUUUCUCAAGGUCUCCUCUCUACAAAGCACAACACUAAUAUAUGUUUGGUUAGACCUCAGUUCAAGGGCCCCUAUUUAUUUCAGUAAGAAUACACACAUCCCCCCGCUUUUUGUUUGUAUUCUCUAUUUAGUUGUUCCUUGUUUCUAUCUUCCUUUACCCCUUGUCCUUUUCCACCCUUUUGAAGAGUUAUGCUAGUGAGUCUUACUUUGCAUAUACGUUUUGGUUUGUGAAGGCAGCGGUUAAGGGCACAAGGACAGCCAUGGGGACAUAUAUGUAAAUACGACUCUCUAAUUGCACACUGCAGUUGAACAGUGUGUAGUAUUUUCCCAGUCAGCUUUGCCAUACUGACAUCAAUCAUUUGAGAGAAAUUAUUCAGAUUUUAUUUUUGUAUCUGUGGUAACAAAACAUUAACCAAAAGAUUUGUUUGGAAGCUUCCUCUGACCACCCUCCACCCCAAGCUAUUUGCUCACAUUAACAAAUUAAAGUGCCUGAAGCAUAAUUCAUUCUUUACCUGUAUACUAAAAAAAAACACCCUGUUGUAUUGAUUUUUUUAUAAUAAGCCUUUUUACCUCUGUGUAAAAAAUAUAUAUACAAGUGUAUGAUGUACAUUUUAGUCCUUAACUUUUUUUUAUGGUUUCUAAUAUGUAUGACCAAUGUAGCCAUUGCUUUAAGAUGUACUGUGUAAAUAUAAACACAUCCUACCAGA